UUUGUGUAGCGAAUAGCGAUUCGAUCGUCAGCUUGACUUCGAAGUGGAAGUACGUAACUGAGUAGUUCCAGUCCGAGUUUGGCAGUAGAGGUGAAAUUGGCUCCUCUGCCAAUCUAAUGGAACAGCGCUUUUUUGAGCAAGUGUCGUCUGCGAUCGUGUUAAACAAAUCAAACAUUCGCCAUAAGCGCGACAAUUGUCGUAAACAACAAAUACUGUUACUACUAUUAUGUUGUUUAAACGGAUCAUUGAAGGAAAGUCCGUGUUGAAUGCCGACACCAAGAAUAAGGUUCCAGAGAGAUGUUCUAGAAGAAAGUCGGAAUGUGAAGGAUGUGGUGAACAUUCCACUAUUUUGGAAGAAAUGACGAAGAUGAUAAUGCUUGGUGUCGUGCUAUGGCUAGGAGUCACUUUCGGUAGUCAUGUGUCGCCGUAUCCAUUAAAUUUGAUUUUCAUAUCUGACACAAUACAUCCGCCGCCAAUGUAUGAUUUUCCAUUUCCAAGUGCCGAUAUGCUAAAACGAUUACCACAUAUUACGGCAUCUCAGACUAAUAAGUCAAUAGCCAUCAGUAAGCUGCAAAUAUCGAUGUUGGAGCGUUUUGAGAAAAAUCUAGAAGCUUCUGAAAUAACCCCUAAAGUUGGAUCUGCAGCUCAAGGACUAGCUAUCCACGGACACGCAUCCGACGAUGCGAUGCACUACGAAAAGUCCUCAAUGACAAUAACCAAGGCAUCUCAGAACCUAGUUCAUACCAGAUGUACCAGAUAUGGUUUGCCUAGUGACGAAUGUGCGAGUUUCAUCAGCACGUUAAACUUACGCGAGACCGAUUUUGGCGGAGAAUGCGCUGCGUUAGAACGUUUCACCUGUCGCACGAGCAGAAUGUCUUCGAAAUAUCGAACCUUUGACGGUUCUUGCAACAACCCCGUGCGUUCUUCCUGGGGCCAAGCUCUUACGGGCUACAAGCGCCUAUUGCAUCCUAAAUACGCUGAUGGUAUCGAAGAGCCUCGUCAAGCUCUGAGCCACAAGCUAUUGCCAUCAGCACGUCUCGUCAGCAUUAAGUUGGCGGAUAACAAAGACCAGCCUGACGUCAAGAAAACCAUCGCCCUGGCUGUUUGGAGUCAAUUCGUAUACCAUGAUCUGGUGCACACUCCCCUUAGACGAACAAUUCACACGAAUCAGCGUAUUCGUUGUUGUGAAAACACUGGAUUCCCUGUUGCUCCUCGAUACAUGCACCCCAGCUGCAUGCCUAUAGCUGUAUCAAACGAGGAUACCUACUUCGAAGGCCAGUACGUCACUUGUAUGGAGUACACCAGGUCCGUCACCACAUACAGGGGAGACUGUACCUUCGGAGCUUCGGAACAGAUGAACCAGGCUACGCACUUCUUGGAUGGAUCUCAUAUCUAUGGAUCGAACAGUCGUGAAGCAGCAGCCUUGAGAGAGAUGAAGGGUGGGCUCCUCAAAACUACGAACAUUGAAGACGAGGAGUUUCUUCCUUUAGCUUCAAAUCCUAAAGAAAAGUGCCUUGUCGACUCUGACGACGAAAUCUGUUUCAACACUGGCGAUGUUCGUGCUAACAUGCAUCCAUGGUUGACGAGUAUGCAUUCUAUCUGGGUGAGAGAACACAACCGUAUCGCCAGAGUUCUAUCAACCCUAAAUCCUAGCUGGAACUCUGAUAAGCUGUACCACGAAGCUAGAAGGAUUGUGGUUGCCGAGUUGCAGCACAUUACUUAUAAACAUUGGCUCCCAUCGUUGACUGGUAAAUCUUUCAACGAGCUCUACGAGGCUUACGACACCGGAUACAAUUCCGAUGUAGACCCCACUAUCACCAACUCCUUCGCUACCUCCGUCUUUCACUUCGUCAACAGUCUACUAGACCAGGACAUCGAGAUAGUGAGGAACAGCAAUGUGACGUCAUUGAGGCUUAAGGACUAUUAUUACAAGCCCGGAAUUCUUGCGCAGAAAAAUGGCAUUGGAAUGGUGUUGCAAGGAAUGAUAGGACAGAACGGUCAAACGAUGGAUUUGAAUUACGACGACGAUCUACGUCACCGCUGGCUUGGAGGUCUCGACGUUUUGGCCAUUGACAUCCAGCGCGGUCGGGAUCACGGACUGCCUGGCUACACCCAAUAUCGUUUGCUCGCCGGACUUCCCGCCGUAAACAGCUUCCAAGACCUUUAUGACGUCAUUCCCGAGGAGACGGUGGAGAGACUGAUGGAAAUCUACGAGAAUCCAGCUGAUAUUGACUUGGUAGUCGGCAUGAUGGCUGAGAAACAUCUUCCUGGUUCUCUUCUAGGACCAACUGCUACUAGUCUAUUUAAGGAACAAUUGUGGCGUACUCGCAUCGCGGACCGUUAUUUCUACAGCCACGUAAACGAGGCCGGUAGUUUUUCUAAGCGACAACUGGCAGAGCUACGUAGGGUUUCCCUUGCCAGAUUAAUUUGUGACAACACCGAUAUGAAACAACUGCAGAGAGAUGUGUUCGAAACACCUUCUGAUAGCAACCCUGUCGUAUCGUGCGAGGAAAUAAAGAAGGUUAACUUAGAAGCGUGGCAGGACUCUGUGGAGAGACCCGACAUCCUCGCUCGCACCAACAAAUGGAUCAAGGACAAAGUGAUCAUCGGUGAAAACAAAAUCUAGAUUUUUUAACGGGUAGCUGAUCAUCAUUAAAAAUUGUGAACACAAGUGUGUUUCAGUAUUGUAUUCGUUGCUGUUAGAUCGAGCAAAACGUUCCUGAGAAUUUCGUAGUUAUUUAAAAACUCAUAAUGCAUUUUAUCAUUUCGUCUUCAAUCACCAAUAACGUUCAUUAAUAUCGGUUUUACGACGAAGGCCGCAGAGCGUGUCGUAUUAACGAUACCAUGUUGUAAAGUGGCUGUGAUAUCCAAGUGGAUAUGAUGUCCAUUUAUGAGAUUUUUGCCUCGGAAACGGGGCGUUUCGGUUCUCGAUGUCAAUAUGUUCAAUAUUCGGGAGCCUUCAAGAAAAAGUUACUAAUCAUGAACGAUGACGUCAUAAUUUGAAAGAUUUUCAUGUUGGGUUAUGUCGGGUGUUCAUUAAUUUGGAAUGUGAUAUAUUAAAUGAAAUUAACUCAAAUACAACGACAAAAACUGGGUCACUUAACAGCCUUUAACCUAUCUGUUGAAGUAGAUACCAGUAUAUAUUAUUAUUAAUUACAAAACCUUAAAAGAAGAUAUAAGCACUUCACAGAUAAUACUUUGUAAGGAGCGAAUUGAUUUAGUUUUGUUGGUAAGCGUCUCGUUUUCGACUUAUACUUUUUAUUUAAUUACUUUAAUGUUCUAAUGUUUGAAAGGUGAAUAAAAGCAUAUUUAUAGUUUAAAUGAAAAUAAUUCUCCUGAACGAAUGUAGAGAUAGUUUUACAAUUGCUUGCAAAAACGCGACACACUUUCCAAAUAAUUGUUCUUUUUCAACAAUGUUUUUGUGCAUUUAACUUUUGUUGGCGACUGUACUUUUUAGAUAUAUUGCGUCUUAUGUGUGUGCCAUACCAAAGACAGGACUACUUAUGUUUUUAUUUUAGCAAUUAAUAAUUAAAUA